ACGGAUUUGGAUCUCAGAGGCAGCCAUAACAGCUCGCAUUCGCAUUGUCAAUAAAAAGUGGAGGUUCUCGUAGAUAGAUAUGCAGUUCGUGAAGCAAAUGUGACUAGAAGUACGUAUGCAGGCCCAUGCUGAUCGGCAUAGUAAGUCCUUUGUCUAGACAUAGACGCUAGCUUUGCAGCCGCUCGGCCAUUCAUGACACUUGCAUUCUUCUCCGCCGCAUGGUCGACGCGCGCCCCGAUUGUCCAGGGAUUGAACCUGGCUGUGGACACCCUCUUUGAGGCUAGAGUCUAGCGGACGCGCUUGGGAUGCCCGCAAACGCAGAUACACUCGACGCGCCGAGGGUGUUAGAUGUGCCUGGGACACCGGAGGCGCAAGCGAUGCCUGGUGCACUGGAGACGCCCGACGUGCUGGGUGCACCAGGCGAGCCGAGGACGCUGGAGAGGCCCGCGGGCGCGGUGGAUGUCCCGGACACACUCGGCAAGCUGACGCUCCCUGCCCCGCUCGACGCGCUAGUAGGAACGCUGGACGAGCCGGAUGCACUGGAGACCCUCGAGGAUGUUUUAAUCGCCCUCUUUGUCGCGGGCUGCUUCGUGAUGGUCAUGGGGACCGCGGCGACAGCGGUGGCGAGGGCGAAGAGGGGGAAGAAGCGCAUGGUAGGUUGUCGGGUGCUGGUGACUGGCUGGGAUGUGCUAGGCGGAUGCACGAAGAACUGGAAUGAUUGCCGGCGAUGACAGAGCCAACCUUUAUCUGCAAUAUGCAGUCAUCAAGCGAAGGGAUCCUGCUUCUGGGCGAGGUCGGUGGAUUACAUGAAUCGCGUAUCAUAUUCCGA